AGCAGCGGCCUGGCCCCGGUGCAUGGCGGUCUGGCGGAGGACUCGGCCCCGUUCGCCUGUCCUCAGCUUGAAACAAAGCCAUCAGCUCUCUGUUCCCCUCUCCUCUGGCUCUGUGUCCUGGUGCUCUCUGUGGGAGAGCUGCCCAAGGGGAAAUUCAUGUCUGAGGAGCAACCCUCAGGACAGGAUGGAGAGUUUGGGCUUGCACACAGUGACCCUUAGUGAUGGGAGCACAGCUUACCUCCAGCAGGCUGUCAGAGGUGAAAAGCUGAUUGAGGGGCAAGUCAUUGAACUUGAAGAUGGGACCACAGCUUACAUCCAUCAGGUGACAGUUCAGAAAGAAGCUGUGGCUUUUGAAGAUGGUCAGCCAGUGGUGCUGGAAGAUGGCAGCAUGGCCUACAUCCACAACACAGAAAGUUAUGAGCCCAGCACCUUUGAGGCCAUCCAGCUGGAGGAUGGUUCCACUGCCUACAUCCAUGCUCCUGUCCUCAUGCCACCUGGCAGCACCAUCCUGGAAGUGCAGGGAGAAACAGGGCUGGAGGAGCUGGCUGGGGAGGAGGAAGAGGAUUCCUUUGAUGUGGAGAGCAUGGCUGCAUUAAAGCAGUACAGCAGCAAGGUGUCUGAUGAGGAAGAGGAGGGAGUGACAGACACCUGCCACCUGAGGAGUGAGGAUUCCAGCAAUGUCCCUUCCCAGGAUUUGCAGGAGGAAGAAGUGCAGAGCAGUGAGAAGGGGCAGCAGGUUGGCAGCAGGGCCUUCAGGUGUGGAUACAAAGGCUGUGGCCGCCUCUACACCACUGCCCACCACCUAAAGGUACAUGAACGUUCUCACACAGGGGACAGGCCGUAUACCUGUGACUUUCCAAGCUGUGGGAAAGCAUUUGCCACAGGGUACGGACUCAAGAGCCAUGUGAGGACACAUACUGGUGAGAAACCCUACAAGUGUCCAGAGGACAUGUGCAGUAAAGCUUUCAAAACCUCUGGGGAUCUCCAGAAACACAUCCGGACACACACAGGGGAACGCCCCUUCAAGUGCCCCUUUGUGGGCUGUGGCCGCUCCUUCACCACCUCCAACAUCCGCAAAGUUCACAUCCGAACCCACACGGGGGAGCGGCCCUACAUGUGCCCGGAACCCAACUGCGGGAGGGGCUUCACCAGCGCCACCAAUUACAAAAACCACAUGAGGAUCCACACGGGGGAGAAACCCUACAUGUGCACCGUGCCGGGCUGCGGCAAACGCUUCACGGAGUACUCCAGCCUCUACAAACACCAUGUGGUUCACACACACUGCAAACCCUACACCUGCAGGAGCUGUGGGAAGAACUACCGCCAGACCUCCACCCUGGCCAUGCACAAACGGAGCAGCCACGGGGAGCUGGAGGCCACGGAGGAGACUGAGCAGAGCCUGUAUGAACAGCAGCAACUGGAGGCUGCUGCUGAUGACAGAGCCACCCCCCUGAAGAGCCAGCACAUCACUUUCCUGGCAGAGAUGGAGGAGGAGGAAGAGGAGGAGGAUGAUGGUUUGCAUGCACAAGUCUCCCUUAUCUCUCAGGAUGGGACAGAUCAGGUCAGUCUGUCCCAGGAAGACCUCCAGGCUCUUGGCAGUGCCCUUGGCAUGGUGACCCAGAGCAGUGCCCUCAGCCUGCCCGAGGCAGAGCUGGCAGGUGGUGACACACACUCGGUGACAGUGACCAGCAGGGACAGCACUGAGACACAGCAGCCGGUUGCCAUAGUCACCUCUGGAGCAGUCCUGGCUGAGGAAUCGGCUGUCACCUCCCUCUGCCAGCAGCAGGUGGCAUUGCUGGCCACCCCCAGCGGCACCCACAUCGCAGUGCAGUUGGAAGAGCAGCAGAGCCUGGAGGAAGCUAUCAGCAUGGCAGCAGUGGCCAUCCAGCAUGAACCUGUCACACUUGAAGCAGCCGUGGCUGAGAAUGGGUGCUGAGACCCCCUGGAGCCCCCCGGGCAGGGAGGGUGGGCAGGCAGCCUCAGCUCCUUCUCCAUGGGAGCAUCAGGAGCAGCUGGAUCAGGGCCAGCUGGCAUGUGGAGUGAGGGAUGGAUGGUGGCCAGGAGCAGUGAGCAGAGGGAGAUGGUGCCAGCAGCCCCAGGCUGCUGGAGUGACCCUUUUCCAAGGGCUCUUCUCACUGAGGGGGGAUAUCCAAGAUACUUGGCUGCUGCAUUCUGGAGUCUCUGCAGUUUUCCUGAGCUCUGAGCAGCAACUUUUCCUGCUCCUCACCUUGGGCACUGACUCCCUCUCUCUGGAGCAGAUAGCAGGUGAUGUUUUCUAGUAUUAAUUCCUUCCUGGCUAAAAUUCCCAAGACCUUCCAGUCUCCUGCAGCACCAGUGAUGGAGCCACAGAGAUUUUGGAGUGCAAAAAUUUAGUUUGGAGAGGCACUUCCUGCCCUCUCCCUCAAGUCCAGCAGCUCUCCCCUUUCCUGCCCAUCCUUCCAGGUCAGGGAGAAGUGGGCAGCAUGAACACAGAAGCAAUAAAUCCCCCUCAGAGCAAGCCCAGGCUGCUUGGUGGCAGGAGGGGGUGACCAGUUCCUGGUGCAUGGCUCCAGCAGCCACAUUCCCAUCUCUUUUUCUGCUCUCCAAAAACAUUUCCUUGGCAGGCUGAGCGUGGUGGAGCAGAGCAAAGCCAGCCAGCGCUUGUUUGAGGGCUGAGUUAGUCCUGGGUGUAAAUACUGAGCUGAAAUAAAAACAGAAUAAAAAAUUGCUUUUU